CCUGGACCUCCGUAUACGCGUGUGUGUGUAUGUGUGUUCUUCCCACCGAACCAUCUGUCAGAAGUUUCAGACUGAUGAAAGCGUUGCACGCGGCCAUUGUCCGCAGUUGAGUCGCGCAAACUUAAAAAAAGAAACAUUGUGAUUGGCGUCUUCCUAAGGAAGGGCGAGAGACAUUACGUGUGUGCUCAAGACUCACUUCCAGGCUUCCGUGUGAAGGUAAAUAAUCUUGCGUGGAGCUUUUGGUGCUAGGCGGGAUGAUGCUGGCCACAUUGAAGGACAUUGGGAAGCAGCUCCUCCGGGUGAAGGUUGUGGACUGCAACGCGGAGGACUCGCGCCUGUCUCGAUGCCUUAACACGUUUGACCUGGUGGCCCUGGGCGUCGGCAGCACGCUGGGCGCCGGAGUGUACGUGCUCGCCGGCGCUGUGGCCCGGGACAGCGCCGGACCGGCCAUCGUCCUCUCCUUCCUCAUAGCUGCCCUGGCCUCAGUCCUGGCCGGACUGUGCUACGCCGAGUUCGGAGCCCGCGUCCCCAAAACUGGCUCGGCCUACCUCUACAGCUAUGUGACGGUUGGGGAGCUGUGGGCCUUCAUCACAGGCUGGAACCUCAUCCUCUCUUAUGUUAUCGGAACUUCGAGUGUGGCCAGAGCAUGGAGCGCAACCUUUGAUGAGCUGAUUGGAAAGCACAUUGAGGAUUUCUGCAGACGUUACAUGACCAUGAAGGCCCCGGGCCUCCUGGCAGAGUAUCCAGACAUAUUCGCUGUCUUCAUCAUAAUAACUCUGACAGGACUGCUUGCAUUUGGAGUGAAGGAGUCAGCGAUGGUAAAUAAAGUGUUUACCUGCAUCAAUGUGCUGGUGCUGCUUUUCAUGACCAUCUCUGGCUUCGUCAAAGGAAACCUGAAAAACUGGAACUUGAACCCUGAAGAAAUCCUCAAUGGCACCAGCAACUCCAGCCUUAAUAUGUCUGACUCCUUACCUUCAGAAGAAAGUCUUGGUGAAGGCGGCUUCAUGCCUUUUGGCUGGACCGGAGUCCUCUCUGGUGCUGCCACCUGUUUUUAUGCCUUCGUAGGUUUUGACUGCAUUGCCACUACAGGAGAAGAAGUGAAGAAUCCUCAGAGGGCCAUUCCCAUCGGGAUCGUGGCCUCACUCCUUAUCUGUUUUGUGGCAUACUUUGGCGUGUCCGCAGCCCUCACUAUGAUGAUGCCCUACUACUUGCUGGAUAAGAACAGCCCACUGCCAGUGGCCUUUAAGUAUGUGGGCUGGGAGGGAGCCACGUAUGCCGUGGCCAUUGGCUCUUUAUGUGCCCUGUCGACCAGUUUACUAGGCUCCAUGUUCCCAAUGCCCAGAGUGAUCUGGGCCAUGGCAGAAGAUGGCUUGCUCUUCAAAUGUUUGGCCAGCAUCAGCCCACGAACCAAAACCCCUCUAACAGCUACAGUAACAUCCGGUGUUGUGGCAGCUGUGAUGGCUUUCCUGUUUGACUUGAAGGACCUGGUUGACCUCAUGUCCAUUGGCACUUUGCUGGCCUAUACUCUCGUGGCUGCCUGCGUGCUGGUCCUCAGGUACCAGCCUGAACAGCCCAGUGUGGCCUACGAGAUGGCCAACACUCAGGAUUAUGAGUCUUAUAACGAUGGGAACACUGACAUACUACCACAACCAGAGGAUCGCUUCACCUUCAAGAAUCUACUUUUCCCUUCGAACACAGAUCCGUCCCCUCUGUCUGGGUUUGCCGUCAACAUUUGCACCAGCAUACUUGGUGUUUUGGUGUGUGUCUUCAGUGUGGUAGCGGUUCAGGGAGGGCUGGCUGCUUGGUCGCUGUCGGUCCUCUGUGUUAUCAUGGCCGUGUGUCUGAUUGUCACCUUCAUUGUGUGGAGACAGCCACAGAGCAAGGCCAAGCUUGCCUUCAAGGUUCCGCUGCUGCCCUUCGUCCCAGUCAUUAGUAUGUUCAUCAACGUCUAUCUGAUGAUGCAGCUCGACAGAGGAACCUGGGCGCGCUUUGCCAUCUGGAUGGUCUUAGGUUUCUUUAUCUACUUUGGCUAUGGUAUUCGCAACAGUGCAGAGGCGGUGUCGACCACGCCAGCCUGCAUGAUAAAGGGAGAGCCCAUGGCCACAGAGAAGGAAGCCUUCCUACACGACACACAAAACGCCACCGGAGAGGACGAGGACGAUUCCUGAGGAAACGGGAGGUUCACUAAUCCUCUCUCUUUCUGUUGUUAAAGUCUCCUACAUAGCUGCAGAUCCAGGAGACGUAUGGAGACACUUACCCUCCAGUCAGAGCGUUGACUUGUUUCCUUAUUCUUUUAGUGAAAGUAGAGCGGCUAAUUAGAUGUAAUAGCUAGGUAAAAACAUUUUAAUGGAUACAUCUUAAAACCAAUAUUUCAUGUCAGAAAACUUUAUUUUUCUAUUUUUUUUAAUUCUAAUUAUGUGGAACCAAAGCAACCAAAGGCAACGCACAAGUCGUUUUAAACAAAGUUUUUUUUUUUUUUUUUUUUUUUAAGGCAUCUGGUGUAAGUAUAUCUAUUGUUAAACAUCGUUCCUUCAUCCGCAGUAUAUAUCUGCAUUAGGAGGCACAGUGGCCGCUACUGCGUCCGCAUCCCAUGGGAGAUUAUUUUUGAAAUCCUUUACUUCACACGUUAAUUAAUUGCAUUGAAGGGGCUGUACUUGAUAUUUAGAAGAAGAAUGGUCUGGGAUUGCCUCCACACUGCUCUCACAGGCCGUUUCCCAACUCGUCAAAUACUGACGCUUUGUCGCGGCCCUCGGGAUCAGAUACAGACGCACAAGGUACUUACGUGCACUCACACGCACGCGCGGCCGGACCAGCUAUCACAACAGAAAAACCGAGAAGCUUGGAUUCCAACACACACACACAGAGGGAGUGUGACUUCAUUCUCUGCUCAGGACGCCAUUACUCCACCAUACCUUUACAUAGCAAACAGUCGUUGACUGCUAUAUUAUUGUUUUUGAGUACAGCCCCUUCAAUUCAGAAAGUCAGCAAAUCUUCUGAAACUCAGCUGAGAAUUUCACUGUAUCUUCGGUGCCGUUUUGUGUCGUAAGUUUACAUCAAAGGUACCUGCGUUUUACAUCGACAGUAUAUCUGAGAAUAGUGCAGCAUUGUGUUCCGAAUAAGUGCUCUGUGAUCAGUAUAUCUCAGUGUUUAUCUUCUAAUUGAUUGACGGUUUCCUCACAGUGCACAUUUACCAGAGAUCAAAUACACCAGUGCUGUCUCCAUCAGGGAACUUUGUGUGUUUUCUUUUAUCUAGCCAAAGAAAAAAAGCUGCUAAUGUGAAAUGAUUUCUCAGAUACUUCAGAGGAUGUAUUUUUAAAGUGCCUUUUUACCAAAUGAAUUCCACCUUUUUAGAGAUAUAGCUUUAUCGCCAGCUAGAAUUGUGAUAUAUAUAUAAAAAUCUGUAAAUUGUCUGUAAAUAAUGUACACUUUGGAUUUUGAAAAGCAUGUAUUUAUAACAUAUCAGAGAUAUUUCACCUUAGUGGACUAUUUUCACGUUUUAGUUCACAUACAUCUGAAUGGGAUGAAGUACAAUCAAUCGGUGAUAUUGAACACCUUUCGGUUUCCAUAGUGAUAUAUUAAUACUGUAUACUCAGAAACAUGCUGCACCAAGCGUUCUAGCAUGGCUCAGCAGUAACCCAUGUGAAAGUGCCUCUGCCUGUCAUGAUCAUGGAAAGGAAGGCUGAUUGCGAGUGUGUGCAUAUUCCCAGGGCAGCUAAAACCACUGUGUGUUCACUAAAGACUGAAAAUUCCACAAGGUGAAACAUCUCUUUACUCAGUCCCUUUUUUUUUUUUUUUUUUUUUAAAUGAGCCCUACGAUGAAAUGUUUUCCUUUUUAGACUAUUUGUGCUCCAUUGAGAGAAACUAUCGCUGUUACCUGAAGCCAAAUUCAGUUGGAUUUAAUUGGAUAAUGCGUCCAAACGAUGCUGAAGUCGCUGUAGAUUUUAGUUUUAAUGAUUGCAUUGAAAUGGCCUGCAAGGUUCAAAUACUAGAUAUUUGAGCUGGGGUAUUAUAAUAUAAUAAUAAUUAUACUUUAUUAAUCCCGCAAGGGAAAUUACGAUGUUUUCACUCUGUAGUUAUUACACACAGGCCUGAAAUACACACACAUGCUCAGUAUACAUGCACUAUUGGAGAGAUGUCAGCGUGAGGGGGCUGCAGCUGUCGAUGGACCUGCACCUUGGCAGUGCCCAGGAGGUAAACUGGCACCUCUCCAGCUACCAGUCCACCGCCAUGCUUUGGUCCGUAUGGAGACUUGAACCAGUGACUCUGUGUUUGUAACUUUGUUUCCUUCUAAGACAUUGAAGCAGCAUGUUGCCAAAUAAGAUUGGGCUGCAGACAGUUACUGAUUUUCGUCCACAACUAGACUUGGUUUAAACUUGGAGAUGUUUGAAUCAGUGGGACAUUAUCACUUAUACAUUUUGAUAACUUGACAUGCAUCAUUGCCAAUUUCCAACAUGUCACGUCUGUUUUUGUUAUUGUAAAUACAGUUUUGAUUUUUGCCUUAAAGCUCCUGCCCGUGUUACACUUGUCUGUCUGUCAUAUCACCCCGCAGCUUUAAUCCACACAAUCCAUUUGUUACAAGCAUUAUGUAAAGUAGAUAACUAGAACAAACUGUGCCAACAGUAUUGUAGCUGUUAACGAUAAAUGGAUGGAAUCUAUUUGUUUGAAAGCAAAAAGUAGUCAGGAGUCAUUCACUGGGUGAAUAUCAUGCCUUGUUGAGUUGGAUUUGAUACGUUGAGCCCUAGUUUCACUGACAUUGCUUUAGCCUUUUGUUAUGGACGCUGUAGUUCCUGUAAAACUCAUGUGAGGCUUCAUCUAUGCA